CUGAUUGUAUAAUUCGACAUUCAAACAACUCCAUGCAACACACUCUCCAUUAAGCCGAGACAUACUACGAACAGACUAGUAUCACUAAUUGACAUUCCCCGAUUGCGUGGCCGGUGUCUAAAAAUGGAACAAGAUGAAGACAGCAGCGCUGACGUCGGGACGAGCCAAGACGAUCGCCGUCAAAGCCCCUAAGAGGAACAACGACCGCGUCAUUCUACACUUCGACUACGACUGCUUCUACGCCAGCGUUCUCGAGAACGCAAACCCGGGCCUGAAGGGUCAGCCGCUAGGCGUCAAGCAGAAGAGCAUCCUGGCGACGUGUAACUACGCCGCACGUGCCCAUGGCGUCAAGAAGCUGAUGUCCAUCUCUGAGGCCCACAAGAUCUGCCCGGGCCUUGUUGUCCUUAGCGGUGAGGACUUAACGCCGUUCCGUGACGCCUCUAAGAGGCUUUGGUCCUUCCUGAGGAGCCACUCUUGGAGUGAUCGUGCCGAGCGUCUAGGGCUCGAUGAGGUCUUCCUCGACGUCACUGAUGUCAUUGCGUAUAACCAGGAGCUGCUGAACCGCAAUGCCUUGCAAGACUCGUUCUUCCAGCUUUCUCGGCACGACCCUGAAAAGGGGUUCAGUUUUGACGCUACGCAAUUCUUCGGGUGCGUGCAGCCGUCGUUCGACCCGAAGGAUUUGGUGUUGAUUCUAGAUAAUCCAUCAUGCGUUCGCCUAUUGCUCGCAUCUCACUUAGCCGGCUACUUACGCCUUAAGCUGGAGGAAGAUUUCGGGUAUACCUCCAGCGGUGGCAUCUCAACCAACAAGACCCUUGCCAAGCUCGCCGGCAGCGUAAACAAGCCGCAGAACCAAACCACGCUCCUCAAUCUCCGUGACGAUGACGUCCAGGCCUUCAUGGACGGACACAAGCUGCGGCAGAUCCCAGGCAUCGGCUCUCGUAUUGCACAGUUGAUCCAAGACCAUGUUUUGUCCAUUAAAACAACUCCAGACUCGCACGACUUAGAAAUAGGAGCCAAGGUAACAGUCCGCGAAGUUCGACUGUUCCCAUCCAUGUCUGCAGACCUCCUAGAGCGAAUCCUCGACCGUCCCGGCGCCGAGCGUGGUAGCGGGGAGAAAGUAUGGAACUUCCUCCACGGCGUGGACAGCUCCGAAGUCAAGGAAGCAAGCGAUGUGCCCACACAGAUCAGCAUUGAAGACACAUACAUGGCGCGGCCACUAAACACUCCCUCCGAGCUAAUGAGGGAGCUAAGUGCCUUAGCUACGUCUCUCGUCCGACGAAUGCGCGUCGAUCUCGUCGUAGCAGAUGAUCCUAACCCCUCAGAUCCCGCAUCGCAACAAAACAGCCAGCAACAUCUACGCUGGGCCGCAUACCCCAAAACCCUACGCCUAUCCACACGCGCGCGUCCAAAACCCAACGGCACCUCGACCCCCACGCCCGAGAUCUUCAGCCGCAACUCCCGCAGUCAACCUCUCCCGCGCUUCGCACUGAACCUCAAAGACGCGAGCGUCGAGGCCGUAGCCGAGCGCUUGGCCUCCGAAGCCCUCCUCCCGUUAUUCCGACGCCUGCACCCGGAGCGACAAGGGUGGAAUCUAGCCCUGAUCAACGUGUGCGUGGCGAACAUGGUGAUGGUAGCGGGACCCGGCGAAACGGGGAAUGGUGCGGGCGCAGGAACGGCGCGAGAUAUCGGGCGCAUGUUCCGCACGCAGGAGGAUAAGCUGCGGGAGUGGACUGUUUACGAUACUACACCCGUAGCGCCUGUUCUCAAUACCGCGUCUCCCUCCGAGGAUAUCGUGCAUACUGUCGAGAGCAUCCCCCAGAGUGAAGAGAAAGAUACCCUAGACGCUAUGGAUGGAUUAGUAGAAGCAUCCGACCCGGCGGCGGUCUUAUUAGACUCGGACGUAGACGCAUGGGAGGACUCGGACGGGGAUGAGUCCGAGAGAUGUCAUCUCUGCGGCCACAGCAUUCCAACAUUUGCAAUAUCGGCGCACGAGAGGUUCCAUAGCAUCGGGGACUGAUAUAUAUAUAGGCUAAUCAUCAGCGUUUGAUCUUAAUUUCAUCUACUACUAAUUAGAUAGUUAUCGAUACCCCUUUUUGAACUGAACAAGAUACCCCAACACACGAAGCCGCCCCUACUCCUAUAUU